GCUGGCCCUUUACCGAAACUUGGGCCUGAGCUUCGCAUUUCAGCGUCUCCUGUGUACUGCUGCCAUCACACAACCGCCUUCACACGCGACACAGCGACCAUGGCACGUCUACGAUCGCUGCUGCAGCAAGUCUGCAGCGUACUGCUGCUACUGGCCGUCGGGUCGAAUGCGCUUAAAUUGGACAUCCAGGCGGGCAACGGCCACGACAAGACUUCGCGACGAUGCAUCCGCAACUUUGUGGCCAAGGACAUGCUGGUCGUCGUGACGGCCAUUGUCGACGGACACAAGGGUGAUGGCAUGCAGCUCAACAUGCAUAUCUCGGACGCGACAGGGAACGAGUACGGCAAGCCCAAGGACAUUGCCGGCGAGCAGCGCACCGUCUUCACAUCGCACGCCGACGCCCCCUUCGACGUGUGCUUUGAGAACAUCCUGACUGGCUCCCGCUACGUCGAGCACCCGUACAGGCACAUCGAGCUGGACAUCGACAUCGGCGCCGACGCCAAGGACUGGUCGGCCAUCCAGGCGACCGAGAAGCUGAAGCCGGUCGAGACGGAGCUGCGGCGCAUCGAGGAGAUGGUGGCCGAGGUGGUCGGCGAGAUGGACUACCUGCGCUCGCGCGAGCAGACGCUGCGCGACACCAACGAGAGCACCAACACGCGCGUCAAGUGGUUCGGUUUCGGCACCACCUUCCUCCUGAUCGGCCUCUGGGCCUGGCAGAUUAUGUACCUGCGGGCCUACUUCAGGUCGAAGCAUCUGAUUUGAUGAAGGGCUGGGCUGGGCUGGGCUGGGACGGCUGGUUCUAGACUGUGGCUUUACGGGACAGGAGUUUUACAUGAACUGUUACGCAGGCGAGCAUGGGAUUAUGAUGUAUUGUACGCUGGGUGGAAAACGGGCUGUUUGGGUGUUUGCAGGAAUGCUCCAAGGACGUGGUCGGGUAGCUCAUAUGCUGUUUUGAUAAUGCAAACGCGAUCUAGUUG